AUGAUGCAACCAGUUGAUGCGCUCGGACCAGUUGUUCUCUCUAAACCCCUUAUACUGACUGUCGCUGGAAUAAUUCUGCUUCUAUUAGUGCGAAAACUACAUCGGACUCUAAAGCUGCGAGGGCUGGAACGACUCCAUGGCUGCGACAGGCUACGCAGUGAAAAUGGGCGUUUUUCGUACGAUUUCCUUGGCAUCGCCAAAGCUCUUGAAUUAGCAUUUCAUUUCAAGCGUCGAACCUCCCUUCCGUAUACCAAUUCACUGUUCAAACGAUACGGGGAAACCUAUGCUUCCAAUGUCCUCGGGUAUCGGCUCAUCUUCACCUGCAGUGCAGACAACAUCAAACACCUGUUGUCCACAGCAUUUCCCGAUUUUGACAGCUCUCCACUGCGAAAGCCCUUAUUUGAGCCUAUCACCCCACAUGGCAUCUUUACUCUCGAUGGCGCGGGAUGGAAGCAAAGUCGAGAUCAGUUGCGCGGUCGGCUUUGCAACCUCCGCAGGAUUGUUGACUUGAAUCUAUGCGAGCGCCAUUUUCAGGCUUUUCUUCAGCACGUCCCACCCAAUGGGCAGGCCUUCGACGCUCAAGCCUGUGUCUUUGCUCUCGCUUUGGAUAUGCAGACCUUGUUCUCUCUAGGGGAGUCGGUUGAUGCCCUUAGCCAUUUUCAAUCCAAGGAAAAGAAGCAAUUCUUGGCGGAUCUGCUUUUUGUCAAGGACAAGAUUGUGCAGGAUGGUUUUCGCGGCCCGCUCCGUUAUCUCUAUCCCAAGCGACGCUUUCUUCAGUGUUGUCAGAGGGCACGAGAAUACGUGAUGGCUCAUGUCGCUCGCCAGCUCGAAGAAAGGAGUACCAUGAAGGAAAAGCCUGAAAAAGAGUUGCUCAGACGCAAUUGCCACAGCGAGGGAGCGGAGACUUCUCUGUUAGCAGACCAGACACUGAGCAUUCUGCUCGCAAACGACAGCAUGAGCACCACCCUCUCGGGUCUUUUCUUCUGCCUUUCCAGGGAUGAGCGUGUCGUCCACAUGCUAAGAGCAAGCAUCCUUGACACCGUUGGGUUGACGCCCCCGACAUGGGGCCAGCUCGGAUCUCUGCACUACGUCCGCUGGGUUCUCCAGGAAGCUUGUGAAGUAAUGAGACUCUUUCCUGCAGUUGUGUUCAACGCCAGGGUAGCCAACAAGGAUUCUACGCUGCCAACUGGUGGUGGAACUCAUGGCAACUCCUCAGUUCUUCUUCGGAAGGGCGAAAUCGUGGUCUUUUCCACCUGGGCGAGGCAUCGCCUGGGGAAGGACUUUGGCGAAAAUCCAGAGGAAUUCUACCCCGAGCGGUGGGAACAUCUAAGUGCAGAGAUGACUGGCUUUAUUCCGUUCAACAAGGGGCCUCGAGCCUGCCCUGGUCAGCAUUAUGCUAUGAUUGUGCUCACGUACAUUGUGACUCGAAUAUUUCAGACGUUUUCAACAGUCCACAAUUAUAAUUCACAAGAAUGGACAGAGAGGAUUAGUAUGACGCUCGAGAACGAGAAUGGGGUACUGAUUGGUCUAAGCUAA